AGGAAAUAUUAAUGAAUGAUAAUAAUCUGUGGCUAUGAUUCAUAAUUAGUUGUUAAAUUGGUUAAGGUGUCAAAUUUCCACGAAAAUAAUUUAUUUACAGUUAAGGAAAGAAAAAUUUAUGAAUUAAAAGUAACACUAAGAAGAAAUAUUAAAUCAUGCAGAACCCAAAUGAAGAUACCGAAUGGAACGAUGUUUUGCGUUCGAAGGGUAUUCUCCCCCCCAAAGAGAAAGAAAUUUCUGAAGAAGAAAUUGUUAAUAUGAUCGAAGAAACUAUACAAAAAAACCAAGCAGAAAAGGACAAGAAAUUAUCGGAAUUAGAUCUAGAUGGCCUCGACGAACUUGAAGAUUCAGAAGACGAGGCAGUUAUAGAGGAGUACAGAAGAAAAAGAAUAGCGGAACUUAAAAAAAUGGCAGAGAAACCGAGGUUUGGCGAAGUGAGGGAGGUGUCUGGUCAGGACUAUGUACAAGAAGUUAAUAAGGCUGGUGAAGGAAUCUGGGUGGUCAUUCACUUAUAUAAACAGGGGAUUCAACAGUGUGCACUUAUUAAUCAGCAUUUGAAACAACUAUCAGCCAAAUUUCCUUACACUAAGUUUCUGAAAGCCAUUGCUCAGACAUGCAUCCCGAAUUUCCCUGAAAGGAACCUACCCAGUCUUUUUGUAUAUUUCGAGGGAGAUAUGAAGAAACAAUUUGUUGGGCCCCAUGAGUUGAGAGGGACUUCACUCACUUGUGAUGAGCUUGAAUAUAUCUUGGGCCAAGUUGGAGCUGUUGAUACCAAAAUAACAGAUGAUCCUAAACCAAAAAUUAAGGAUAAGAUGUUCACCGACCUCGGCUCUAAUGAUUGGUGAAAAUUGUAGUGAAAAAUAAUGCACAAAAAAUGCAUUUAUGUGUUACAGACUUGGUGUAAAUGAGGUGCUGUGCUUAUGGAUUGCGGGUUCAUACUUAUGUUGCAAAUUAUUUAUUUAAAAAGCUUAUAUAACUUGA